GCCUUUGAGAAGAAGUGAAGUGCAGUGAUAAGCCCACCGAAUUGCGAAAGACUAUUAAAUUGGCACGAAACUGCUGAUUUACGAUAAAAUUCGAGCCGAAAUUCGAAGGACUCCUUGAAAAAACAUGUUCAUUAUCACGGGAAGUGAAUAAAUAUGCUGUAAACAGGAAUGAAUGCCAAAUCAGCCAAAUCUAUAUUCGAUUUCAUAGUCACGGACAUAAACGGCAACGAUGUCGACCUGGGCAGGUACAAAGGGACCGUUUGCAUCAUAACUAACUUUUCCAUCAAGGACUCCGCGUGUGAGAAAGUUUUCACGAUGCUAAGCUCGCUUUACAACAAAUUCCACAAUGACACCAGAAAAGAUCUGAACAUUCUUCUGUUUCCGUGCUCACAGUUCGGUUCCAAGGAGUCGAUGAACGAUAUUCUUGACUAUUUCGAGCACAACAGCGAUCGCCCGCUUGGUGAUGUGUUCAGCGAGAUUGAGGUUAAUGGCACGAAGAGCGUAGAGUUGUACAAAUACAUGAAGCUCAAAAAGCCUGGAAAUUGUGGAGGAUUCAUCAACGGAAAUUUCACGAUGUUCCUCACAGAUAAGAACGGUGUCCCCGUGGAACGUUUUGCAUCUAAUGUCCAUCCAUAUCUACUAGAAGAAUUAAUUGAACAGCACUGUGGGUAAUAAAGAAUCAUUAUUGAUACUUUAGUUAUCUACCAUUUAGCUAAUUCUUAUAACAUACAUUGCCUACUGAGAAUAUAAAGUUAUCAUGAUAGGUUCAAAAGUUUUAAUAUCAGGGAAAUGAAAAUUUUCCGGAAUAAGAAGAUCAAUAGUAGGAACAUGUUUUUCAAUUCCAAAUGACAAAAAAAAUAGUUAAAUAAAGGCAAUGUAGAUUAAAGGCAAUGGAAAAUUUGCUUAUUUUAUGUUCAAUAAAUGACGUUUAUUAACA